CAAGGCUGGCGCAGGUUGUGUGUGUGUCCAGUCUCCGGCGUCGAGGGCCACGCACACCUACCAGCCUCCCUGGUGAUCCCAUCCACCUUCCAGGCGAUCCUUCACUACCUCUCGACCUCCUGGGUGAUCUCGCACCACCGCCCAGAUGAUCCUUCACCUACCAGCCUCCUAGGUGACCCUACCAGACAGCCUCUCAGGUGAUCUUUCACUACCAUCAGCCUCCUAAGUGAUUCUGCACCACCUACCACCUUCCCUGGACAUCAAAAAUUAACCUCCCCUAUUCUGGCAGGUGUUCCCACACUACAUCACACGCUCAUCUUGGGCUUCGUUCAUGCUCCUCUUCGCUGAGACCUCAGCAGGGGGUACUCCUCCAGUGGUACAGCCCCUGAAUGGUCUGCGAUAGGGACGCUAAUGAUAGCGGACGCCUUGUGUCGCCACGGGACGACACGCUACACCAACCACCAGGGAAGGUGGUCCACGGGGGAAGGGUUAUGUGCGGUAAAGGAGUUCGACAAGCAGCUUCUCCUGCGGGAUUCCCCUUAAGGUGUAUCGCAAAUGUCGCGGGGAGUUAGCCUUGUAGGAGUGCAUAGUGAAUGUGCGAGGCUGUGGUUAUUGGUGUGAGGAAGACUGGAAACACCUCACCAGUGCCGUGUGAGGUAGACUGAAAACACCUCACCAGUGCCGUGUGAGGUAGACUGAAAACACCUCCACCAGUGUCCCCGUGAGGUGAUAAAAUGGACGCAGCUCACCUGUGCCCAUGCGAAGUGUGAGGCGGGCAAGGCAACUACAUCCGCUGUUCGACAUAUCUUAAGCUAUUGUGAGGCGUGAAUCAGAAUAUGGACCCCUCGCCAUUACUCAAAGACUCCAUGUUCCUGUUACAUGUGAGGCAGGAGGAGGACCCUUCCCCACACAAUGCCCACUGUGAAGAGUGAGGCAGGACCCCCUGCCUAGUGUAAACACACACACUGUGCUAUACAACCCUCGUCAAUAAUGUGACGCAGCAACCAUUCCUACAGUCCCACUGUGCAAAACAUGAAGAAGAAAAUAUUGGUGAUUCUUGCAGUCAAUGUAAUCACGGCUUGGUCAAUAAACUGGCUGUCGCUCCAUCGGGGCGGAUACGAGCGUUGGGGUCACUCCCGGAGCUGCAAGAACGCACGGCGAGUCUACGGGUUCACGCGAGGUCAAACUCACACGUGUAGAGGUCAAGUGGAGGUGAUGCCCCACGUCACCCACGCCGCCUCCACCACCGUCACCACCUGUCAGAGGGUCUUCCACUCCAGGAGGUGGAACUGUUCCUCUGUCCUCAACGCCCCCAAUCUCUCGCCCGAUCUUACGAUGGGUACGCGGGAGCAGGCAGUAGUGCACGCCCUCAGCUCGGCUGCUGUGACGUGGGCGGUGUCGAGGGCGUGCUCCCAGGGCACCCUGGUCCUCUGCGGCUGCGGCAGGGUCCCGCAGGAACCCCCCAAUGGUUACUUCAAGUGGGGAGGCUGCGGCGACAACGUCAGGUUUGGCGCCUCUUUCGCCAGGGACUUCAUCGACGCCAGAAACACCAAAAACAACAGACUAAAGUUGCAGGGUCGACACCGCCGAGCAGCAGCGAAACAGCAGCAGGAGGAGGAGCAGCAGCAGCAGCAGGUGCAGCAGCAGGAACCGCCAGAUGAAGGGUGGACCAAUAGCGUCCGACACAGCCGAGAAGUGCAGCCCUACGCCCAGUACCUGCCGACGCAGACCAACCUGCAGACCAGCAACACCGGCAGGAGAGGCAGCGGCAGGGACAGGCCCGCCAAGGGCAGCAGCAGCGCCAACGACCUGGCGAGGGCGGCGCGGCUGAGGUCCAGGAAAAAGAACAGGAGAAAAAAGGGGAAGAAGAGACAGCCGAAUCCGGCUAUAACGCUCAUGAACCAUCACAACAACAGAGUUGGUAGACGGGUAGUCAAGGCGUCGCUCUCCACACAGUGCAAGUGUCAUGGUGUGUCGGGCUCCUGCAGCGUCAAGACCUGCUGGAAGGCCUUGCCCAACUUUAUUGAGGCUGCGGAGAGACUGUACCGAGGGUACCUAUCCGGCGUGGAGGUUCGUGAGGUGUCGGCGGGUCCUCGUCUGCGCCUUCUGCCGGCGAGUACCGCCGUGGCCCGCUUCUCCAGAGACGACCUCAUCUACGUCACCAAGUCGCCGGAUUACUGCCAUCCGGAGCCUCGCGUCGGCUCCCUCGGUACUGGCGGAAGGCGAUGCAACGCAACGUCUGUGGGCGUGGACGGGUGUGGGGUGAUGUGUUGUGGGCGUGGCUACACCUCUCAUGCCCACCGCACCCACCAGCGCUGUCACUGCAAGUACCACUGGUGCUGUUACGUCACCUGCCAGACCUGUGCUGUGUGGUACGAUGUCCACACCUGUAACUGACUUCGCAAAAAGGGGAGGGAUGAGACUGAGUGCAUGCGUGCGAGGAUUGUGAGCAUGUGCCGGCCGUUCCCCCUCAAAACUCCAAGCUCUUAGUCAUGUAUUAUAAUGUACAAAUCUCCGAUAAAUAAAGCAACAAUAUUACUGUA